AUGACAGUUUCUCCGCCGCCGCAGGGUUCUAAACUGCCAACCACCCAAGCUGAAGCUGAAGCGGCCGAGGCAGUCGCGUCUAUGAACGCCGCAUCCACUACAUCAACAACAACAACAACAACAACAACAACACAACCAACCAUCACGGCCUCUGCGGGUUCCGCGAGUACGUCCUCCUCUACAGCUCCAACCACUGCCAAUCCAACCACAUCGACAUCAGCUCCGUCGUCAUCAUCAUCGUCUUUUCCCACAACCCAGGCCCCGCCGAUGACCCUGUUGUCAUCCAAAAUCUUUGGUCCAGACGCGUCGGUUCGUCGUUCUUCCAUUGCCAAUCUUCUGGAAGCCGCGACCAAGGGCGUGAAUGCUGCAACAACCGCAGUCACUGUUCCAUCGUCUACUGGCACCACAAUUUCCUCGACUAGUGACGAUUCAAUCCAAUCAACUGCGUCUAUAACUGGCCCAAAAUCCUCUCAUAAUGAGAGUCAGUCACCUCCCUCAUCUUCUUCUACUUCUACUUCGUCUGGUGGGCUCCCCGCGGAGAGCGGCUCGGUGUCUUCUGCGGCGGUGGCCCCUCAAACGGAAGCCCCAGCUACAGCGGCUCACGCGGCGCCAACCCUAGCCCACUCUCAACAAACUUCCAAUAAUACCAGCAACAACAAUAACACUGGCACUCCGACGGCCAUUGCCAAUAGUGGCUCUAAUAGCUCUAAUAAUAAUAAUAACAGAACUUCAAGGCUCGCAGCCGCUGUAGCUGCGGCCACUGCUGCUGCUUCGGCUCUGACUUCGGCCCCUGCCGGGGCUUCUCCUGGUUCCAGUUCCGGUCCUGCCCAGCAAGCACCAUCAUCAUCAUCAUCAUCAUCAACAACCCCGCAAACUACUAACGCUACUGCUACAUCGGCCCCAUAUUACAGCCCGUACUACCCUACCAGUACAGGUCCCUCUUCCUCACAACAGGCCUCAACCGGUUCUGGAGACAUUUAUUCAAGUGCCUAUAGUGCAGGUGCCACAAAAAACCAGGAAUACCCGGCUUACCGCCAAAUGGGAUACUACGCCCAGCAAUACUCUUCAGGGAACUCUGCGGCAACCACAGCCACAAAUAAUAACAACAACUCCACUGGAGCUACCGCUGGGUCAGUGUCAGCCUCAUCUUCAUCGACGUCAUACGAUGUAGACGACCUCCAUUCCAAUGUCAUAUUGUCCAAGUCCCGGUCCCUUUCACAGUCCGUGUCAAAUGUAAUAAACCCUUCUUCAGGUCGAGGAAAACUUAAAAGAGCCCUUUCAUCCUCUGUUUCCUACGGAACUGACUCGUACUCAAUAGGCGAAAGCGAGCCUAAGGAAAGUAAUGUUCGUGGAGAACGGCUUCUCCCUAAACCUUAUGGCUCUUCAAGUCGUUCGGACUCUAUAGGUUCUGCUCCAGGGUCCUCCCAGGGAUCGAAUGCCGUAUCUGCUGCUCACUCGGUUACUUUCAACAUGCCCAACAUUAAUGUUGAUAGCAUGGGAUUUGGUAUUGGCACUCCAGAAUCAGAUGAAGAAGGUUCAGCUUAUUUGUCGCGUGCCCAGCAGCAAACAGAUGGUACUCAAGAUAUGGGUGUACCUGCUGUUGAAGAUAACUCAGCAGGUGGACAUAUCCAGCAUCAUCCUGCUGCUGUUGCUGCUGCUGCUGCUGUUGCUGUUGCCAAUCAUAACCACCAACAUCAUCAUAAUCAACAACAUAAUGAUGCUCUGGCCAGUGCCACCAAUGGAAUCGGGCUCUUGUCUUCAUCAGUACUAGACAUUACCGCAGAUCAUGGUCACAUAUCAGGGAUUGUAGAUUCUCAUCCGUCUCGUAUUUUGACCUCGAUGUCGACUCCACGUGGUGCAGACUCAUCCAAGGUGAGUCCCUAUCUUACCGUGCGCGAAAGCAACCUUCAACAGCAGCAGCAGCAGCAGCAGCAGCAGCAGCAGCAGCAGCAGCAACAGCAACAGCAACAACAACAGCAGUCGCAGUCGCAGUCGCAGCAACAACAACAACAACAACAACAACAGCAGCAGCAGCAGCAGCAGCAGCAGCAAGUAUCAUCCAAUGUCAAUUUACAGCAAUCGUCUGUUUCGUCGUCAUCUCCUACUUCUCCAGCAACUUUGGUGGGCCAGGCCACCGCCACCGCAGCAAAGCCCUACGCAUGCAAGUUUGAAGGAUGUAUUUGGGCAUUUGCUCGCAAAUCAGAUCAACGGCGGCAUUUGAGGUCACACGAAAAGCCAACUUUCCAUUGUCCGUACUGGCAAUCAGAUCCAACCUGUCACCGCAAUGGUGGGUCUUUUAAUCGUCUGGAUGUACUAAAGAGACAUCUCAAACUAGUUCAUUUUGUGCAGUUUAAACAGUCAGAAAGCGGCUGGUGUCGAACCUGUGAAAAGAUUUUUAACACGCCAAAACACUUUGUGGAGCACUGCGAAAAGUGUGCUGAACUCGCGCGGCCUCAUGACAAAAUUGUUGGCACUGAUAAUGCAAUUAUGGGGCAGAUGUUGACAAACAAUGGGAAUAAUGGUGCUGAUGGUAUUGAUGGAUCGCUUCAGGGCGGAUCAUCUGAAGAUCCCAACGAAAAAGCUGCCGUUUCUGCAGCGGCAGCGGCAGCGGAAGCAGCAGCAGCAGCAGCAGCUGCUGCCGCUGCCUCAGUUGCUGCUGCUUCUGGGACUACGAUUGGGUUCCCGCCCAACCGUGGUCGUGGAGGACCACGGCCACGGUCAUCAUUUACUAUGCCUACAGUCAAUGGUGCGGCGCCAAUUCCUACAGACUUGCGGCCACGAGUAACGCGGACGCGGGUACGAAAGCAGUACGAUUCGCAGGCAGCGGAGCGCGAGGCAGAAGCUGCGGCCAAUGCGAUUGCUUCUGCAGGAGUUAAGGGUUCGACAUCGACGCUCUCUGCAUUCACGAUGAAGGAGACUGCCAAGAGUGCGUCGUUACGAUCAGCUAGCGGAGCACCGGUAUCCGGUGUGGCAACUCGUGGGGUUGUAAUGGGUAACAAUGAGAUUGUUGGACAACAUGAACAUCAACAACAUCAACAACAUCAACAACAUCAACAGCAGCAACAAUAUCAGAAUGCAGAUGUGGUGGAUUCAGAAUAUGGGGCGCACCGCAGUAUAGAUGUUUCAGGAUUUUCAGGAGGGACCACAACAGGACAUAUGAGUGACAUGGCUGGAAAUUUGCAGUCGACUCAAGAUACUAGUGAUGACCAGGGAGUUAUUGGGAGCAAUAGUGCGGGUAAUGGCUAUGGUGUUCAUGGAGAUGCUUAUCAAUACGAGUAUGGAGCCAGUAGCAAGUAUACCAGAGAUGGAUCUGGGGAAGGAUCUGAGUCUAUGAUGAAACCAGGAAGUGAUAGUGGAUUACGGAAACGGUCUUUUGACGGAUCGCUUAAGAAUGGGGCACAAGAAGGAGGUGAUGAGGAUGGCCAUAAUGAUGAGGGUAAUGUAGUAGACGGUAGUACUAGAGAAGAAGAGGAAGAUGAUGGUAGAGAAGGAGGAGUUCUUGGGUUGAUGGGGAGUGUUUCUAGUAGUGGUGGUGGAGCACCUGAGCAACAGUUAUUACUUGAGCACAUGCAAAAAGAGGAUGAGAUGGAUGAUGUGAAUGUGGUGACGACAGGAAUUGAUUCACUAACACGGCCACUAUUUGGUAAUAGUGGUAGUAGUGUUAGUGGUAGUGGUGGUGGUGGUGGUGGUGGUAGUAGUAGUAGUGGUGGUGGCGGUGUAGCAUCUGGUGUUGAUGGCCAAGACGAGGAUGAAAAGAAUACGAAUUUUAUUAAGGAUGAGAAUGCUAAUGAUAUUCCUGAAGGUGAGGGUGAUGUUGGCGAGUUGCAUGGAGGUGGGGAUGAAGAAGGUAAUGGAGAAGCUCAUGGUGGAUCGGAUCAAGAUGAUCAUGAGGAGAAUGUGAAACGGGUUCGUGUAGAGCAGCAACAGCCGCAACAGCAGCAGCAGCAUACAUCAGUUUCAUCAUCAUCGUCAUCGUCAUCGUCAUCAUCGCAGCAAGGACCGCGGCGGAUAGUAUAUAAAGGAGCACACAUUACAGUAGCAGGCCCGCGGAACCGGCGCGGAGGUUCUAACCGACACACAUUAUCUGGGACGACUCAAGCAGGACACCAUGUGAGUCGAAACUAA